AUGGUUCUAACGAUUCGUAAGCCAGCUCCGGAGUUUACCGCCGACGCUGUGGUUGACGGAGAGUUUCGUAAGCUUUCGCUAUCAGAUUACAGGGGAAAAUAUGUGGUUCUGCUCUUUUAUCCCAUGGACUUUACGUUCGUGUGCCCAACGGAGAUCUGCGCAUUUAGUGACCGCGUCGAUGAGUUCGAAAAGCUCAAUUCUCAAGUCAUUGGCUGCUCUAUCGAUUCCAAGUUCACACACUUAGCGUGGAUCAAUACGCCGCGUAAGAAGGGUGGUUUAGGCGAGAUAAAUAUCCCGCUUAUUGCUGAUGUUAAAAAGGACUUGUGCUCGAAAUAUGAUGUGCUUGUGCCGGACGGUGACGAUGAAGGUGUUGCAUUCCGUGGUCUUUUUAUUAUCGACAAGGAGGGUAUUCUGCGUCAAAUUACCAUGAAUGACUUGCCAAUUGGCCGCAGUGUCGAUGAAGUGUUGCGUUUGCUUGAGGCAUUUCAAUUUCAUGAGGAGCACGGUGAUGUGUGCCCUGCUAACUGGAAGAAAGGUGCCAAGGGCAUGACGGCUAAUCCCAAGGAUUCUCUCAAGUAUUUUGAGAAUGUCGAGGCGUCGAAGAAGCGCAAAUUAUCGUCCUGA